CUCUCCUGCUUUGUCUGCUUGGUGCUGUAUCUCCACAAACACGCGCACACACAGACUCAGGUAAACGCGCGUCCUCAGAUUUAGGUCAGUGGGCACGAGCAGCCUGUGGGGGUCCUUUGAUGAAAAAAGCCCAUCAGCAAGCGAGAAACAGAUAGAGGAGGGGCAGAGAGGCGGUGCUGCGUCGCAGGGGGGAGGGGGUGAUCGACGGAGCUGGGGAGGCAGAAGUUUCAGAUCUCCACGCACGACCAGGACAGAGGAAGGCACGUGCGCCCAGACAACAUGCCGCUGCCGCCACUCCUUCUCGUCGCUCUGCUGUGCCUGAGUCAGCCACUCGGUGUGCAGACUUUGGUUCGUCUGCUGGACGACGUAGAGCUGCGCUCAGCUUUCUCGGCGGCUCGCACUAACAGCAUGGAGGGUGGACCAAAAAUGACCGUUACCUUCGAUGUGGUUUAUGUCAACAUUGGUGAAGAUUUUGACGCAAAAGCUGGCUUGUUCCGCUGUCGCAUCUCGGGAGCGUACUACUUUUCCUUCACAGUAGGAAAGUUCCCCCACAAAGACCUUUCUGUGAUGCUGAUGAAGAACAGGAAUGAGGUGCAAGCCAUUGUGUAUGAGGAAAACGCUGGAGAGGAGAGGAAGGUUCAGAGCCAGAGCGUCAUGCUUCAGCUGGAGUUUGGGGACACUAUCUGGCUCCGUCUCCAUGGUGACCCUCGCUAUGCGCUCUACAGCAACACUGGACACUACACCACCUUCAACGGUUACCUUGUCUACCCUGACAUCUACAGCUACCAGACUCAUAACUAUCAACACCCUAUUUCCCCCCUGCGGGAUGAUGGUCAGCUACUGGGUGAAAAAAGGGACAGAGAAGAGGCCAGCUCCAACCCAAAAGACACCUUGGAGAAAAAGGAAGAGCUGAUCGGAGACGAACUGGAUGAGCAAGCCCUUGCUGCUGAGGAAGAUGACAGGAGAUCGGCCUUCUCUGUUGGCCGCACUCAGAGCAUUCUGGGACUGAACCCAGUCGGAAUGCCCCAGCACCAACCAAUCACUUUUGACGCAGCGUUUGUCAACAUAGGAGAAGACUUCAACAUCACAGAGGGGGUGUUCACCUGCCGCAUUCCUGGGGCGUACUACUUCUCAUUCAACGUGGGCAAGCUGCCCCAGAAGACGCUCUCUGUGAAGUUGAUGAAGAACCACUUGGAGGUGCAGGCCAUGAUCUAUGACGACAGCCACGGCGAGAAGGCCCUGCAGAGUCAGAGCCUGAUGUUGGCCUUAAAGCCAGGAGACGUCGUCUGGCUCUACUCCCACCAAAGAGAUGGUUUUGGAGCCUACAGCAACCAUGCUAAAUACAUCACUUUCACAGGCUUCCUUGUUUACCCCGAUAUUGCCCUUAAUUCCCCCACCAGCGGUCCUCCCAUCAGCCAAUCAUAUGUCAACAAAACUCCCUAACUCCAGGUUAGAGCUUUAGACUGAGUGUGACAGCAGGAGUUCUUGCUUUCUUUUUUUCUUUUUUUUGGCAGGGGGGUAUCUUCUUUCUUCCUAAGACUUGAACUCCUUCAAAAAGUCAGAGAUGCAUGCAAACAAUUCCUCAAAUUCUGGCUUCCAUGACUCAUCCUUAAGGGAGGGUGGCUGUCCCGCAUCCAUGAGCUGCUGGGUGUGAUGGUGUGAUGGCUGUGCCAAUGGAAGGCAGAGGGACCUUUUAAAGGGUCUAUAUCAUGCUAAAUCAACUUCUUUUUUAGCUUUGAAGUGUUUUAUAAUGGUCCGUCCUCUCCAUAAACAACCCAAAAGCUGUAUUUUGC